AUGCUGGAUGGAUUGCCGAAGGGUAUUACAUUCGAUGGUCAAGUCGGAGAUUUCCUUCCAACAGGAGUCUUUGUCCACGUCUUCAGACACCCGAACGAGAAGCCGCUGUUGGGCUUUCUCCCCCGGUUCCUGUUUGCGCCAGGAUUUGAGCGCAUCGCCAUGCGGGGUCUGAGAAUCCAGGUCCAGAAGAAGGGCUUCGACCCCCAGAAAGGUUUGCUUCUGACUAUGCAGACCUAA